AUGAGCGACGCCAAGGACGAGCUUGUGCAGAAGGCUAAGCUGGCCGAGCAGGCCGAGCGCUACGAUGACAUGGCGCAGUCGAUGAAGCGCGUGACGGAGCUCGGCGCCGAGCUGUCCAAUGAGGAGCGCAAUCUCCUCUCCGUUGCCUACAAGAACGUCGUCGGUGCUCGUCGUUCAUCGUGGCGUGUCAUCUCAUCGAUUGAGCAAAAGACCGAGGGAUCUGAGAAGAAGCAGCAGAUGGCCAAGGAGUACCGCGAGAAGGUCGAGAAGGAGCUCCGCGACAUCUGCCAGGAUGUUUUGACCCUUCUGGACAAGUUCUUGAUCCCGAAGGCCGGAAACCCGGAGAGCAAGGUGUUCUACCUGAAGAUGAAGGGUGACUACUACCGUUACCUCGCUGAGGUCGCUGCCGGUGAAGACCGUGCCGCUGUCGUCGAGAAGUCGCAGCAAUCGUACCAGGAGGCAUUCGAUAUUGCCAAGGAUAAAAUGCAGCCGACGCACCCGAUUCGGCUCGGCCUUGCCCUCAACUUCUCUGUGUUCUACUACGAGAUCCUGAAUGCCCCUGACAAGGCGUGCCAGCUUGCCAAGCAGGCUUUCGACGAUGCGAUCGCCGAGCUGGAUACCCUGAACGAGGAUUCGUACAAGGAUUCGACCCUGAUCAUGCAACUCCUUCGGGACAACCUCACCCUCUGGACCUCCGAUGCCGCUGGUGAUGAUGAUGCUGGUGACAAUGCUGACGGCAACAAC